AUGGGGUAUUUGAAAAGUUAUUUCUUCAUGAUAUCAUCACAUUCUGAUCUCGGGAAAUGGUCCAGUCGUGCAAAAUUGUUGAAUCAGUUACGAAAAGUUGCCGAUCGGUAUUCAAUGCAUGAAGUGAGUGUUUUCGAUGAUGAUGCAAAAUUUUUGGACAUAAUUGGAACACUGCUCAAUCAAACAGUUCAAUCGUCUGCUUUUACAGUGAUCUUUAUGAUGUUUGUUUGCUUUCUUUUUAUCCCACAAUGUGCUGCUGUCAUCAUCGCUACUUUCUCCAUUUUAAGUAUUUUUAUUGGUGUACUUGGCUUGUUAUCAUUAUGGAAUGUUGAUUUAGACCCAAUUGUUAUGUCAGCCUUGAUAAUGUCCAUCGGUUUUAGUGUCGAUAUUCCAGCUCAUGUCACCUAUCACUUCUUUCGAGCUGAUGAAGACACAACCGAAGCUUCACUUCGGCACUGUCUUAGCACAAUCGGAUUUCCAGUGUUGCAGGCUGCAACCUCAACAUUACUUUGCGUGUUCAGUCUUCAGUUUAGCGAUCUUCAUAUGGCUCAUGUUUUCGUAAAAACGAUGAUAUUGGUUGUAAUAAUUGGUUUCAUCCAUGGUUUAGUAAUAAUACCUGUAUUGUACAGCAUUACAUCCCGUAUUCAAUUACCGGGAAGAAAGCGAGUAUUCAAUAUCAAUGGUGAAACAUCACCAAAAGUUGUUUCAAUCUCAGAAGAUUUAACUGUUACGCUUGCAAUUGAUGCAGAAUUGAAAAUUUCCAUUCAAUAA